GAGCACGACAUACGCCUGUGGAAAAUAAUAUCAUAUAAUUUCCAAUUUGUUAUGCUAUGCUUUGGCUACACACCCUUGCAGUGUUAAAGCGAAGCGGUCUUGUUCUCCAGCACCACCCUCGAUCUGUCAACACCUCAGAUCACAGCGCCACGACGAAGCAGCCUCCGUACAUUCAUUAACGCAGGCUUUGCCUUCCACGGCGCGACCACAACCUGCUUCGAUUGCAUUCUGCACAGAAUUACACAUCUGAAAUUGACAGUCGGAUAUCACAGACAUUAAAGCAUGGAUACCGUGUCCCUUUCUAGAGAGCGAGAUGAUGCUGAAAUCACAGAUUCAUCCAUGACAGAGGGACCUUCUCAGGAAGCACCUCAAAGUUGCAGUGAGAUCCCUGAGGUAUCGCUGUGUCUUCCAGACAGUGACAGCAUGGAAUCUCAGACGUGUCCGGUCAAAAUUGUGGAGAACCAAGCUGACAGCAACAGUCCUUUCAGGUCACACUCCUCUACUCAGCUCCACCAUCAAGUAUCGCAGGGCUCUGGCUAUCAUUCACCAAAAUGCAAAAGAUGCCCCUGCUGUGGCCACCAGCAGUCGAAUCAAAGCAAUGUCUGUCCAGGUCAAGCAGACUGUUCAGCGAGUCCUGUUAAGACUGCCCAUGGCUGCAGUCCACAAGGCCUGCCUUCAUGUCACAAUAAAUCGCAGUGCCAUUGGCUUCAUGGAUCUCAUGAAGGCAGUGACCACAAGCCUGCACAGCGUCACAUGGUGACAGUGAGUAGGAAUGAUGGCUUGUAUAGGAUACCAAGGAGCUAUUCCCAGGUCAUAGUGGAGUACCCGAUGACUGUGCUCAUUUCAUGUACGUUGGUUUUGUUUGCCUGUUCCCUCGCUGGGGUUUUGAUCGGUCCUCUGCCAGACUUCUCAGACCCUUUGCUGGGAUUUGAACCCCGUGGAACAGACAUAAGUAUCCGACUAGCAACGUGGAUGAGGUUACAGCAAAACACUGGACCUGGAAAAUCACUGUCCCCCUUUCCAUGGCAACUCACAGAGAGAAUCUCAGGAGAGAACACGGUUGGAUCUGAACCCCAGUCUAGAGAACGUUCACGGAGAAUGUUACACAGAGAUUACACUGAGCACAACUUUUUCUGUAACGCACCAGGGGAGCGCUAUGCUCAGCUGGUCUUCCGCUCUGGAAACUCUGCCAGUCUCUGGAGUCUAAAGGCAAUUUACUCCAUGUGCCAGAUGGAACAGGCACAGAUCCAUUCCGGGACCCAGUUUGCUCAACUUUGCCAGGUCAGAUCAGAGUUAUCCAGCUCCAUGGUGAAGAAUGAGUGCUGCCCAAGUUGGUCUCUGGGAAAUUACUUGGCUGUUCUUAACAACGUUUCUUCCUGCUUUAGUCUGACAGCACAGCAGGUUUCUGAAAGCCUUGGCCUGCUCAGAUUCUGUGCCCCUUACUAUCAUGAUGGAAGACUGGUUGCAUCAUGUUCUGAGAGCAGUAAACUUGGUCGCUGUGCAUCCGUUCCACAGCGCUGUAAACUGUCAAGCAUCUUUCAGAUUCUCCAUUACCUUGUGGACAAAGACUUUCUGGGGCCACAGACUGUUGAAUACAAGGUCCCAUCCCUAAAAUAUAGCACUGUAUUUCUUCCAGUAGAAAAAGGAGAUCCACUAAUGAAAAUUUAUGUGGACUAUUUAGAGGGUCGCGACCUUACAUACAAUAACACCACCAUAACAGGAAUGGAUUUGGGAAUUAAACAAAAACUUUUCAAGUAUUAUUUGGCGCGGGACUCUGUCUAUCCCAUGCUUGCAUCUCUUGCACUUUUGUUCACAUUGGGACUAUAUCUCAAAUCAUUUUUUAUUGCAGCAAUGUCACUGGUUGCUGUCAUAUUAUCAAUUUCCACCUCAUAUUUUUUCUACAAAGUUGCAUUUCGCUUGACAUUUUUUCCACUCCUCAAUCUUGCAUCGGUCCUUGUGCUUUUGGGAAGCUGUCUAAACCAAGCCCUGACUUUUGUUGAUUUCUGGAAACUACAGCUAAGCCAUAACCCUCCAGCUGUCCCUGAGAAGAGAAUGAACCGGGUUUUACAGGAAAUAGGAUACUUGAUAUUAGUGUCAGGUCUGACCUCUAGCAUUACAUUUUACUCAGGCUACAUAAGCAGCAUCACUGCUGUGAGAUGCUAUGCUGUAUAUCUUGGCAGUGCCUCAUUAAUCAACACAUUAUUUGCUCUCGUUUGGCUUCCGUGCACCCUCAUUUUGCAAGAACGCUAUGCUGUGCUGUCUUCAAACCCUGUCGUGAAGGUAGCUUGGAAGCCCUGCUGCUCCAAAAAUACGGGUGGAUUCUGGGAGACAAGUUCAAGAAAGCGCUGUCUGUUUACUUUGAGACAGAAGCUUCGGACAUUAGGGCGAGGGUUUUCGGACACAUCAAACCUGCUUUUUUUAAAGAUCCUGCCUUGUGGAGUUGUGAAAUUCCGAUACAUAUGGAUCGGUUGGUUUGCAGUCCUUGCCGUCGGUGGAACGUACAUAUCAUGCGUAGACCCUGGCAUGAAACUGCCAACUUCAGACAGCAGAACAACUCAGCUAUUCCGCUCCAGUCAUCCCUUUGAGAGAUACGAUGCUGAAUAUCGCCACCAGUUCAUGUUUGAGCGAAUGAAACAGGGUGAAGAUGAACCCAUGACGCUAACUCUAAUUUGGGGCGUAAUUCCAUCUGAUGACGGUGACCACUUCGAUCCAAAAAGUAAUGGAUCUUUAGUUCUUGAUCCAGGGUUCAAUAUAAGCAGUCCCCAAGCCCAACUGUGGUUGCGGGAUCUGUGUGGAAAAAUUCAAAACCAGACCUUCUAUUCUCCAUUAUCAGCUGACCAAGAAACAGUAGAAGACAAUGUGUGCUUUGUGGAACAAUUGAUUCACUGGGUUUCUAUACGUCGCUGUUCUGAAACUGAGGAUGCGUUUAGCUUCUGCUGCAAUAAUAUUCCCUUUCCUUACCCACCAAGUGUUUUCGAGCAGUGCCUUAGCAUGAUGGUAGCAGAGCAGCAUGCAGAGGGACACUCACCCAGUGCCGGAGGCCUGAGGUUUGAUUUGGACGGUCGAAUCACUGCCCUUAUUGUAAUAUUCAAGACUGUACAACUUUACAGCUUCGACUUCAGCAGAAUGUCUCUGUUCUACCAAGAGAUCUUAUCGUGGUUUAAUGGGGAAAUGUCCAAGGCUCCAGUAGGACUGCAGAAAGGAUGGUUUGUAAGCCAACUAGGCUUAUAUGACCUCCAGCAUUGCUUGAGCUCUGAGACAUUGGAGGUGGCAGGCUUUUCGGUAGCUCUCACAUUUGCAGUGCUCUUACUAACAACAUGGAAUAUUCCAUUAAGUGUAUUUGUGUCCCUUGCAGUGGGAGGAAGUGUGUUUGCUACUGUUGGCCUCCUUGUGCUCUUAGAAUGGCAGUUAAAUGGUGUGGAAGCACUCUUAAUUUCAGUAGCUGCAGGUCUCUCUGUUGACUUUGUGGCCAAUUAUUGCAUUUCAUACAGCCUGGCCCCACACAAUGACAGACUGGGCAGGGUUGCACAUUCCCUGAAGAGAAUGGGUUGCCCGGUAGCUAUAGGUGCAGGGGCAUAUUUCUGUGUGGGCAUUAUUAUGUUACCUGCAACUGCAUUGCUAUUCAGAAAACUUGGGAUCUUCCUCCUAAUUGUGAAGUGUCUUGCAUGUGGUUUUGCUACUUUCUUCUUCCAGUCGUUGUGCUGCUUCUUUGGACCCCAGAAGAACUGUGGGAGAAUAACCCUACCCUGUGUUACAAAGCAAGCCACUGAAAAUAUACUCUCGUCCUGUUCGGCUACAGAACCCGGGACCACCAAUCCCGCAGCUAAUGGGGCAUUCAGCUGUGGCACAGGUUCUCUGGUUCGAAGAGCUUUUAAUAAAGAAAGCGAAGGCUUUCUUUGUCCCAAUCAACAACACCAUAAAAGGCGGCAAGCAGUCGGUGGAAGGGAGCCGGAACAGUACGAACUGCAGCCACUUGCUUGCCAGUUGAGCGACAGCUUCGAGAAUAGCACUUGCACCAGCAAGCUGUCCAACAGGCCUUCUGUCCUUUCUGAUGACAUUCAGUUUUGUGGCCUCAGUCCAAGGCAAGACUAUGAUCGAGUCAGCAUUGAGGAUGAAAGCACAGAAAUGUGUAGCAGGCACCUUAAGGGUUGCAACCCACCUCCAGCGCUCCAGACCUCAUCCCCAUACAAAGAGAACAUGUUGCAUCCUGUAGUUGUUCCUCCACAAGAUGAAUUUAAAGAGAAGGUUUUGUGCAAGAAAUGCUGUGGCCAUUCGAGCGGUGGGCUCCAACUUUGGAAUGUGUCUUUGUCGUCUUCCUCUAGCACGGAAGAAAUCAUGAUCACUCAGACUACAGAUACCGUCAAUGAAAGGUCACUCUCAGUGGAUGAAGCCACUAGCUGUCAUCUACACAAACGGCUUUUGUCUUGUCAGUCUCAUAGCUCCAUGGAGGGACUUGUAGACUCCAAUGAGACCUGCUUAAGUGAGGUAGAACCUGCUAUCUUAGUCUCUGAAGCUGUCAAGUUUGAGGAAGAGUUACAACCUGGCCACCUUAAUGGCAAGAGGGACACUUUACAUCUGUCCUUGAUGGAGACUGUAUAUGACCUUGCUUCCCCGGCGUCCAGUAGGGUAAGGACAAGCCAAAGUGAGGUGCCAGUGAUACUGCCCAACAGCAAACCUGAUAUGCCCGAUGUUUGGAUAAAAAGGGAGGGAAAAGGUGAAGGUGGCAGCUAAUCAAUAUUGACAACACACUGAGCAAAUCUUAACAACCACAGCAUGGCCAGUACUUUAUAUGGUGGGCUUAACUUUUGUACUCAGCCGCAUAUUAUUACAUUUUUUAAUCUGUCUGAAAAUGCAAACCAGAUAACAAAGACUAGUUAAUUUUUUGGAAAUACACACAUUUGUGUACACAGCUUUUUUUUUUAGCAUGAUUCCUUGCAUGUCAUGUAAAUGUACACUGAAUGUGCACCCACAAUAGCCUUUGAAAAAGCUUUUCUUCAGGGGCCUUGAACUGCAAACUUACCAACACUUAAAGAACAAUUGUGCCUGAUCUUUUAAACAACCGAGCCAUGAGCUUUUUAAACUCCAUCAUUUUAAUUGUUUUUAACAUUAAUUUUGCAAAGAUCACAAUCAAUAUAAAUUUGUUUUUUUUUCUCCAAAUUCUUUUCAAUUAAUUAACACUAGAAAAGCACUGAAAUAACCCACUAUAGUAAUUUUACACUUACCUUAUGCCAGGAACACUUGGCAUAUAUAUGCUUGCUACUGUUGCUAUAACUGUUUUAUUCAUGAAUACAUUUUAUUGCAUGUUAUGAUAUUACACAUUUUUAAACAUGAACGUUUCCUAAAAGCUGUAAGGAAAAACAUUUUGUUAUUGCCUGAGCCAUAGAAGUACCUCUUUUAAAAAAGACAAUGACUGCCCAUCAGAAUAUAGGCCAAUUACAACGUUCUUAGUCAGAAUGCUUCAGUGUGUGGACAUGUUUCACUAAUAUCCCUGAUUUAUGAAAAACUGCAAUAUAUUUGAACCCUAUACAAGACUGUGAGUGUUAAAUCAAUGUUCAGUAUGUAUUUGAAAGAUACACAUAGUUUAGAAUGCAAAAGUUUGUAUGUGAAAAGUAGUGUUUAUUGUGAACAAAGAUGUCAAUCCUUUAUGAA